AUGGCCCACACCCUCCCUGCGGAAUUGAUGCGCCAGGUGUUUCGUUGCCUCAAGGCUGACCAUUGCGCGAACCCCUCCCCAACUUUGCCCCAGACGCUCGGUGUCUGCAAGCUCUGGCGUCAAAUAGGUUCCGAGGUGCUCUAUACCGACAUCUCGGUUACAGAAUUCAAGCUCGCAAAGUUGGCAGAGUCCUCGCCUUCCGGCCGGAUGCUGACUCGGACGCUCUCUAUCAAUAUUUCCUGCAACGACCUCAAAUAUGCGGAACCAUGCCACGAGGCUCUCAAUGUAGCAUCCAUCGACUUGCAGCUCAACGACGAUGCGUGGACAGCGAUUCACACCAUACCUCGGAUCGUGCAGGACAUGGUACAGCUGGAGAGUUUCAGUCUGGUGAUCCCGACCUAUCCACCACAGAAUAAGACCAGAUGCAGAGCUGUGCACAGUGCAAUUCCAUAUAUCCUCAACGCCUUGCCAAAUUCGGUAAAACACUUGGAAAUCGAUACUAUCGAUGCCUGCUUUCAAUAUUGCCCACCACUCCAGCCGCAUUUCUGUCCUUUGUUGAGGGAACGCAUGCCGUCGUUAUUCAACUUGCGUCUUAGGCUUCCCAGACUCUGUGGACAGCUUUUUCAAAGGUGCUACUUCGAACACUUUCACGACCCAAAAGACGCGUCUAGGCGGGGUAUAAUGGAAUGCACUGUACUUAUCAAUACUGUGAAUUCUGAUGUUGAAGGCAUUGAUUUUCGCGAAUAUCUAACACUUGGGCGCUCUGAAGGCCUGGCAAAUGACUGUCUGCUGGUGCUGGUCCAGACGGCCCAAUCUGCCAUUUACAAUGGUAGAUGUCAGGAACCGCCGCGACUCUCAUUCUUUACACGACGUCGUGGAGCCUCAGAAGGCGCCAUGUUUUCCGCCUUCAAUGAACUGGCCGUGAUACCAACCGUCAAGACGCUGAGAUAUCCAUACCGGGAAAUGCCAGACCAGGAUGGCGCUUUCUUACGUUACCGCGAACCGGAUGGCUCGCAGGGGGAAGCUUGGGGGCCAUGGAACGCUCUAACUGAUCUGUUCGAGGGCCAAGUCUGGGUCGAGACCAUGGAAGGAUACAGGGUCCCCAGUGUCUACUUGAAACAGAAUCUGCGGUUCAAGCAGUCUGUGGCCAAGAGCACACUUUUGCUCAAAAGAAGGCGGACCGGGGCUGCAACCAAAGGAACAUUAUUUGUUAAGGAGAAAGCUGAAGGUCGUCUGCUUCUACGAGUGCAGGAGACUUCCCGCUUCCAGCCGCACAUUGUGAGACGGGAGUCUACGAGGAAAGAAUUGGACAAGGCGACGAACGCAGAUAUGUCCAAUCCCGAUCCCGACGAGGGUGACAAUGAGGAUCUCAGAGAUCUUGUAACGCUGGCUCCUGAAGACGAAGCAUAA